AUGUCUCAUUUCGAUUUGGAGACAAGAGCGGCGGUGGAGAAGAUGAUGUUCGAUCAAAGGCAAAAUUCCAUGGGGCUUCCUACUAGCGAAGACAUUGAUCAGCAACAGGAGACGAUGAAGAAGAGAUUAGGGGCGAGUUUCCUGAUAUGGGUUUCUCUAAGAUGA